CUAUAUGCCAUGGUUAACAGACGUAUAAGCGAAGAUAUCAAACAAUGUGCCCUUCGACUGUGGAAUCACGGCUGGGAUGUGCAGGAUAUCUGUGAGGCACUCGGUAUUUCUCAGAGCAGUUGUUAUCGCUGGCGGAGGAUCUUUGAGGAACUAGGCACUGUCAAAAAACCCCCUUCACCACUCAUUGGUCGCACUCGAAUCAUCACACGAGCUCUCCUGACAGCUGUCGAAGACCUCUUUGCUGAGGACUCUGAUCUCUUCCUUGACGAAGUUUGCACAUGGCUUGCCGGCCAGCACAACAUUAUCAUCGGCACUUCUAUGUUAUGCCACAAUCUCAAACAAGCUGGUCUCACU